GAAGAGGUAUUUUGGCGUGUUGUUUGUUGCGAUUGUUUUUCCGAGUGAAAAUUGCAUUUAAUGAAUUAAAUACUACUUUUUUAUUUCAUAAAAACCUUGACGAAGUUAGAAACAAUGCGAGAAUCAUUACAUGUUUGUGGAAAAAUAUUAACAACAGAUGACUACCAUUUUUUUGCUCUAUCCUGUGAGAAAUGCGAUGCGUCCUUUGGCCAGUGGUCAGGAUUUCUAAAACACUUGAGCAAUAAACAUGAUUUUAAUUUGCCGGUAAAAAACGAAUUCGAAAAAGAGCAUGAUCGAAAUUCAGAAUGUGAAGAAGUGUCCAUUAAAGCGGCUGUAAAGCAGGAAAUGGAAAAUGAGUUAAAUAAACAAAACAAAGUUGAUGCAGCUAUAUAUGAAAGCGACAGCACUGACAGCGAUGGCGGUAACGACAUUAAUGCCAGGGAAGAUGAUUCCAAUGACGAAGGCCAAGAUAACGAUUGUACAAGUGCAAAGUCUGAUGGAUCAGCGGGUGCUUGGGAUAUGACAGAAGAUAAUAACAAUUUGCAGGGUGAUACCUCAAGUGAUGAGGCACCAAUGCAUGAUGCCAAGAAGAAACUUAAAACGUUUAAUUUCAAUAUACAUGAGUCAUAUACCCGCGACGUCUCUUACAAGUUUCUCAGAAUAUUAGAAAAAUACCCAAUUUUAUGGGAUCAACAGCAUUCGAGUUACUGGGUGCCUGAAAAGCGCACACGGGUAUUAUAUACAAUUAAACAGUAUAUGGCAAAAAUGGGUUAUGCAGUGAGUGACUACGGACUUCGAAGUGUAAUACAACGCAUUGUUCGUGACCAUAAAGCGGCGAAGCAGGAGUUAGCUGUUUGUGGGCGGUUAGAUGAACGCAAGUCGCUGUUGUUGAAGAAAUGUAAAUUUUUAGAUGGCCAGCAAAAAAAUGUGGCCAGUGUUAAUGAAGCAGAUAAUGAUACAGAUAUGGAUGACCACCCAAUUCCGGAUGACUUCGACGAUGACGAUUUUUCGAUUAGUUCAGAUGCAGGUUCAAACGCGGCUAACAACACGGAUACAAUAAAUGCGUUUUUAAAGGAUUCGCGGGAUGGCAAACGCAUCACCUUUAACAUGACUGCAAAUCCACUUGUCGAUGAAUUUGUCAGUUUGUUGCGUGAUAACCCAGUGCUAUGGGAAGUGGGCCAAUUUCAAAACUUAACUGAGCGCAAACGAAUUUUGGAUUCGUGGAUACCUAUUUUUCAGGAGCGGCAUAACGUCAUUUUCACUUACAGAGAUCUUACGUUGAAUUUAAAGAUAUUGCGCCGUUCUCUCAUCAAUAUGGAGGAACGCAAAGUAUUGUCUAAAUCUGCGCAACGUCUUAAAGAUAUCUGUAGCUUCCUGCCGAAGGCAAAACCAAUUAUUCGCCUCAAAUGUGAAGAAUGUAAUCGCAAUUUCCUAACGGAGUACACCUUGCAAGCGCAUAGAUAUGCCGCACACAAUUUGGGCACAAAUCCAUUCAAGUGUGAGGUGUGUGGACGUGAUUUUACAGCUCACAAUCAGCUAGAUACUCAUUUGCGCCGCGUCCAUCUUAAACAAUUUUCACAUUAUUGUGAUGUGUGUAACCGCGGAUUUUUGCAACACAGCGCAAUGUUGCUGCAUAGACAGACACACACCGGUGAAAAAACAUUCGUGUGUGAAACAUGUGGCAAAGCAUUUAGACGUAAGAUUAAUAUGCAGCAACAUGUCAUACGUAUACAUUUGCGGCAACGCAAUUUCCCUUGCGAACUCUGCCCGAAAACAUUCUAUCUGAAGUGUCAUCUGCGCGAUCACAUGAACGCCCAUUUAAAUAUACGCAAUCAUAAAUGUCCCACUUGCGGCAAGGCCUUCCAUAGCAGUCAUGCAUUAAUGAGACAUAAGCAAAUACACUCGGAAGUUAAGCGUUAUGCUUGUAAGCUUUGCGAUGCUCGUUUUCAUCAGUUUGUGGGACUCAAUUCACAUAUGAAGAAUAAGCAUAAAUUUGUCAAUGAUAAGGAUGAGGAAGCACCGCCGCAGUCUGUGGUGCAUAUGACAACACUGCCCGCGACUACAACACCGGAAACUUCCUUGCAAAUUAAAGGGGAGAUUGUGCAAUCCUUGGAUAGCUGGAAUAUGUAAAUGGCAAAUACUUUGAUUUAAGUUAUUUGAAAGCUUUGUGGCAAUUACUAAUUUAUUUUUAUUUCGCAUUUGACUUUGAUUUUGUUAUUUUUUCACCAAAAAGAGUAAUUACAAAAUCUAGUGAGUAAAUUUAUUGUCUAAUAUAAGCAAAUGAAGAGGUGAAGUUGUGGCAGCCGAUUAACAUUAAACCAAAUUAGUUUUAGAUACGAUUUAUCAAGCUUAUGUAUGUCGAAGAGAUUAAUACCGUAAACUGUUAUGAUAUUAUAAUUCAUACAAAAAAAAACGUAUAUUAAUAGUAAAUGGGUAUUAUGUACAUACUUAUGUAAUUGCUAAUUAGACCUCUUUGAUAAAAUUUCAGCAUGCUUGCUUGAAUGCUGACAAUCCCAGCUCAAAAUCGUGAAAUGUGUUUUUUUAGUAUUUGGUCAUUA